AUUUGCCUGCACGAUAAACUUCUAGGGAAUAUAAAUGUAACAUCAUUUGAUUCAGAACUCUUAUCAAAAUCAACCAAAGCAUAAGGAGGGCUCGGCUAAAAUCAUCAAAUUCCUUUCGACGAGAUAAUCAAAUCAAGAUGUCUACUCUUGCAGCAGCUCGGGCAGAUAACUUUUACUACCCACCGGAAUGGGAGCCAAAGAAGGGUGGGUUGAACAAGUUCAAUGGUCAGCAUGCUUUGAGGGAGAGAGCAAGAAAAAUAGAUCAAGGCAUCUUGAUUAUAAGGUUCGAGAUGCCUUAUAAUAUUUGGUGUGGUGGUUGUGAGUCCAUGAUUGCAAAAGGUGUAAGGUUCAAUGCAGAGAAAAAGCAAGUGGGGAAUUACUACUCUACAAAGAUAUGGAGCUUUAGUAUGAAGUCACCGUGCUGUAAACAUGAGAUUGUUAUUCAAACUGAUCCACAAAAUUGUGCUUAUGUGAUUAUGAGUGGAGCCAGAAAAAAGGUUGAGGAAUAUGAUGCCGAAGAUGCUGAGACUUUGGCGCUCCCUGUGGAUGAUGAUAAGAGUAAGCUAGCGGAUCCAUUUAAGCGGCUUGAACACCAGGAAGGAGAUAUAAAGAAGAAGAAAGAAGCAGAGCCAGUACUGGUACGCCUGCAGCGAAUAUCAGACUCCAGGCAUUUAGAUGAUUAUGCGCUGAACAAAUCACUGCAUGCAAGACUUAGGGAUCAGAAGAAAAGAGUGGCUGAAGAAGAAGCUAGCGCUAGGAAAUCAGGAUUUGGGAUAAGACUUCUCCCAAGCUCUGAAGAGGAUGCAGCUUCUGCUAAACGUAUUAAAUUUGCUGCAAAGUUUGAGAAGAAUAGAAAAGACAAGAGAGCACUAAUUCAUGCAGCCUCGAUAUUUUCUGGAUCAUCUUCUUCUGCCUCUGAUAAACGACGUUUGGAGCUAGAAGCUAAGAGGAGAAAAAUUCAUGCUGCUACUGCGUCAAAGCUGUUAGCUGGAGGAGUCAAGCCAUCUUCAUGGGCUCGCAAUUCUGUCCCUUCUCGAAAAUCCAUCCGAUCCUAAAGUAAUGACAACUAUGUCGCCAACUUAUCAUCGUUCAUUUGAACUCUGGCCAGCAGAAAGAUGGAUUGGUCGAUAUCAUCAUUGUUCCUGCCAUCCACCACUGGUAUCAGUAUCAUCAGUUUGUUUUCAUCUUAUAUUUGCAAAUUUACAUUCCCAGUUUGUAAAUAAUGUGUAUUACCAAUGAGCCCAAGUUUCUUUGACCUCAACCACUCUUUGUUUGUAUUUUCAUGUAUUGUUGGAUUGAGAUAGCAUUUGCACCUAUCCAUUUUCCUCGCUGAUAAUAGUUUUAUAUGUUGUAGAAAUCAUAAAAUUGUUUUGUUCCUGAA